CACUAACGAGUACCUGGUGCCUCACUACUUUCUUGCCUCACUCACCAGCCACUCAACCACUAUCACCGUCACCAAAUACACAACAAUUUUAUAUCCUCACAAACCAUGCCUCCACGAACAACUCAAAUAAGGCCAAUUGAGAAGUUUGCACAAGCCGUUGCCAAAUGCUCUACAGAGGCCUCUCUAUACGGCAAAUGCAUAGUAGCCGAUUACAAUUCUGUUCACAAAGACAAAUGUCUUACUGAAUUCAUGAAAUUGAAAGAUUGUUAUUUGAUUGCCGCGAAGAAGAAGUAGAGAAGAUUUGUUUAUCUAUAUUUUUUAAAGAGGAAAUUUCAUUCAUUCAAGAGCCGUAUACUAUCUGU